GCGCCAAACCGAUAACACCAAUAUUAAUGUCGACCUCGAGAAUCUCGACGAGUUGUUCUCAACAGCCUACAAAUUUUCCAAAGUUACUGAAUAAUGGCUCCACGAAAGUCUACGUCAGCACCAAGCGUACUUGACAAGCUACGAAAUAUGGACGAAAUUUCCAUCAUUAAACUCAGCGAUCCCAUCACGAACAGCGCCACGGAAUCUGGAGCGCGCACUUCAGAUGCCUCGAACUCUUCUGACAGCCGAACAACCCCUGCUACGCUUGAAGCCGACCUCAUUCACUACACAGAACUCUUCUCUAAGCUCCGCUUCUCCUAUGUCGAGCAAGUAACCAAAGAAAAGUUCAUCCGAGCCAUCGUUGGUGACCCGCCGCUGAUUGUCACUACGCGCGAAAAUUUUGAGUUGGAGCAGGAGAAUAUGGAGGCCAAAGCACGGCUAAAGGCUCUUAAAACAGAAGUGGCAGAGAUGAUUGAAGAAUUGGAGCGCAAAGGGCGAGAGCUAAGCGCGAAACACCAACACAUCAAAAUGCAAACGACUCGACUAGAAGAACUACCCUCUCAACUAAAAGAACUUACGGCACAUAUCGAUGAUCUACGAGUAGCCAGUGAGAUAUCAGCUUCAGCCGAUCACGAUCUAAACCUACCUCUGGGCAAGACACAGGACCUGGUGCUGCAGAAGCAGUCCCAGCUACAAGAUAUCACACGCGAGUUGGAAGCACUGCAGUCAAAGCUCCCCCGAAAGCGCAAAGAAGGCGAGCGUCUGCUAGCCGAGCUUGGUCCCCUGGAGACAAAGCAGCAGACCAGUGCUGCUGCGGCGAGGGAUGCGAAACGACGAAAGGAGGCCUCGCUGGGCGGAGUCGGGGAUGAUUUGGAACAGCGUGCUCGUUGGUGGAGAGCAAACGAAGCCGUUUUGACAAGGCUUCUCAAUAUUCAGAGCUAAUGAGAAAAGGGGCCCGCUGACAACGACAUGUAAUGACGAGACUUACGACUACCUGUACAUAUAAUUACCCCCGUCUAGGGUCUACGUUGCGAAAUACGCAGUACUGUGAGAAUCUAAUCUUACUUCCAAUUGAAACAAGCAUUCCCCGCAACAUGAUUGGUUGCAAGGGGUGUGCAUCUUUGAACCUUGUGUGUAUUUGUCGUAUAUGUUCUGUUCUUGGCUACCUGUUGAGCGCCGCCUGAACUGACUUGGCCAGCGUGGCUCAUAGGCUGUCGUCACGCCUGGGCGGCGGAGCAGUGGAUGAUUGAACCCACCCGCCAGGCGGUCGAUCGAUCACGCUCAGUUUGCGAGAAGGUAAACUGCAUUUACGCGUAAUACGGCCCCUUUAGCCAAGACAUCAAGCCAGCGAUAAACACAAAUAAAAAACUGUAUUAUUGUGGCUGGGUCCAAGUCCGCAACAUGCUCGCAUCAGCUGGUCUUGGAAUCAAGCGCCCUGUGGAUUUGGAAGCAUCGUUUGUUCUCCCACCCAGGCUCCGUCGUUGUUUUCGCAGUGGGCUACACUGUACCAACUUAGGCUUCUCUAGCCCACAAUUCAGGCUAACCUGGGGGCACCAAUUGCCAUGGAAUGACACAGGCCGAUAUGGGGGCCGGUGUGCACCGUACUUGGUUCUCACUCAGCCAACCGGUCGACGUGCAGCAUUUUCUUCACCUGCAGCCCCAACAUCAAUCAACCUUUUGAGUCUCUCGGAAGGAAACGGCUGUGGCAGGGAAAACUGGAGCGCCUCGAUCCUUGUGGGACUCCGCGGUCCUGCCAGUCCUCGUAGUAGCUCCGCAUUUAGUACCCCUAAGGCACCGUCUUUAGGGCUUCUAUGUAUGGACGGGCCUUUCUUAGACUCCGACACCGUAGAAUAGCGAAGCAUUACCGAAAGGCUAAUUGUUAAACUCCAACGGAAACAGAAUGUUCAUCUAGAGUGACAUCCUGUGUUCAGAUUUGUUCGACGGAAAUAUCCGCUUCCAUUUAAUCGCAAACUUUUAUUUUCGGAAGUUUUUUUUUUUGUCAGUGGACAAUGGGGCUCUUGGGUCAUGACGUUAUGGGCAUGUUUAAUCUGUCGGCAACAUAACGGAGUCCGGCGUGGCUGUCACGGGCGGUACGAGGCUGAAGUGACUCUUACUCUGCCGUGUGGCUUGCAUGCAAGGAGCUCACAGGUGGCGUGUGUGCGUGUGUGUGUGUGUGUGUGCGUAUUUGAGUGGACAAUACCAAAGGGGUGGUUUGAUAGCUUCAAUGGCGUGCCGAUGGGUGGUUGAUUGGAUGAGAUAGCGAGCGCCGAAGCAUAAUGCGGCUCAGCUUCGAUGAUUCAUUGGGGGCAUCCUUUUGCGUACGCCCAGACAACCGAAAUUCUUUUUUGAUAGAGAGUUUGCGCCAGUGGUCCCGCUAUGGUACGUUGACCAGGGGGGGAGUGUAAAAUAUUUUGAUGUUUGCAACGGAGAGCUUACAAAUGGUGACAAAACGUUAAAAGAUUCAAUUCUUCCGUGCAGGGAAAAAAUGGCAUGUUUCAGUGCAGGAAAGCUCCGUCCAGACGCACGCUUAGCAGACUAGGACUACGGCAAUGCAACCGCUAGCGGGAUGCGCUACGGGGCUUGGAUCGGGCGUCACGUCUUCUAGAAUACACAUCGCCGGGCACGGAGGGCAGCAAGGGAUCAUUCCGACCGCCAGAUUGCGUCGUGUGGAAUUUUCUCCAGGGCAAUAGCGCUUAAUCAUAGCCUUACGGUGCCCGUUAAGAAAAGUCCGAAAUUGAAUUGCGUGACAAUGGGGGUAUGGUCGACCAAAGAGUGCGAUUCUUUCGGACUCGGACUUAAUCAGCGGCGCCUCUUGAUUUCAAAUCCACGCACCCGCUAAAUUUCACGCCCCUGCACUCCGCUCAGCGGUAGUGUGAAGGCCCGCCUGUCUGGCAAAUCGAACUAAUUCACGAUGGGGGUGCACAUCUGAUUUGUCUUGUAAGAUUUUAUUUCU